AAGGGGCGAAAGCUUCUAUGAUCACAAGUUGUAAGUUUACGCAACUGGAUAAACACGACGUAGUAAGUUAAUUUUAGAUGAUUUGGGAUGAGGGAAACAAGUUAGUGUCUAACCUUAAGACUAGAGCAAUGCCUCAGAAAAAGGUUAAACAUUUAAGUAAACUCCGUCUUAACCCAGAUGUUUUCGGUUUGACAGCUUUUUAUCCAGCCAUUAACUUGAAAGCUGAACUGGGUGACAUUAUUGAAAUUGAUCGUACUCUAUUUUCCCAUUGGGCAAUUUACGCUGGUGACGAUAAUGUCAUUCAUGUCUGUGGGAUGAACAACGAAGAUUUUCCAACAGAAACUGGUGUAAUUAAGUUAGAAAAAUUAAUAGAUGUUGCAGGAUUUAGCCGCGUUAGAGUUAAUAACAAAGAGGUUCCAGCUAAAGAGCGUAACCUUACACCCCUUACCCCUAAUCAGGUGGUAGCCAGAGCAAGAGCUUUCGUGGGUAAGGUUGUGGAGUAUAACCUUCUAACGAGCAACUGUGAACACUAUGUGACAGAAUGGAAGUAUGGAAAAGGUUGGAGUGAUCAGGCAUCUGUGGCUCUAAGUGUUAAUAAAACUCUUAAGAAAGACUGCCAAAUAGGACAUAACCUCCUACUCAACAGCUUAAACAGUGUGCUUAAUUCUCCGGUAUCUCCUACAAACCUUUCAAGGACACCAUCUUCUGAAAAAACUUCCCCAAGUUUCAGUUGUUGAUCAAGACAAAAAAAAAUUAUAUAAUCGGUUUAUUUUCAUGUUCCAUUCAAAUGUGCGUGAUAAUCAUUAACAUUCAUUUUAUUUCUUCCACCUGCUUAAAAUCGCCCCAUUUUCUAAACUAACAUUUUAUCAUUAACUAUUGCUUGCUUUAUCAGUUAGAUAUAUAUGGUUUCGUAUACUUCCGUAUUUCAUAUAAUUGUUGUGUGCUAACUUGACAGAAAGAGCAUUCAUUCUUUCAAUUUUUUUUAAAUGUUUGAGUUAUUUCUAAUUUAGCUGUCUUGAGGUUCAUGUGUUUGUUUGAUGCGCAAUGCCCGUAUUGUUUUAUAAGGAAAAAAUACUGACGAGUUUAGUAUUAUUAGAAUAUCGACUUCUAAGUGUUUAUAAAGUAUUUUUCCUUUUAUAUACACAAAAAUUAAUGAAUAGUAGACUUUUAAUCAGUGGAAUCUUAGGCUAAAAGUUUGGAUUCACGAGAAGCAGUAUUUGCCUGAAUUUAUUGCCAUAAAUAAACCAUUUUGAUUAAAUAAAUUUCUCUGCGAAAGGGCGGUAAGUUAUUAAUUAGAAAUGAGCACUAAAAUACAUUCACACUGAUAUUCUAGUUGUAAGAAAAGUUAGCAAAGCAGACAGUACGAAAGAGUGAAAUCUAAUUUGGAAAGAAUGAAUAUAGAAAAUGUUAAUAUGUAUAUAUAAUAUUGAUCCGUUGUACACCAAGAUAUUUAAUUAGCUGAAAAUACUGACUGUGUAUGAAGUAUUGUUGGUACAAAGAAAAUCUUACACACUGCCAGUUGGACAAACAAAUCUUACUUUUGUAAAAUCUCUACAGAAUGUUUCUCGGAUGUAUUAAAAAUCAGUAUUUCUGUAAAGCUUUAUUUAUUACUAUCGUUGGAGUGGAUAUUACUCGACAUGAAUACAAAAUAUCGGUAAGGUAAAUUUCGAAGAAGAUACCUUGCUGUGAUAGGAUGGUAAUAUUAAAUAUAAUUUUAUUUAUAAUACCCAUUAAAACACUAUGUGCCAAUUUUGUGUGUAGUUAAAAUUAUGAACAGUGUAUUUAAAAAUCUUUUGUAUGUGUUUUGCUUGUCUGGCGUACAUUACAGACUGAGUACUUUAUAAACACCAUUGGUCAAAACUGUGCUUUUUUGCGUUAUCUAUCUAUAUCAUUGGUUAAUGGUUACUUUUGCUCAUUACAUUGUUUUUUAAAGCACUGCAUAUUAUUGGUGCGUUUAAUUAUAUACGCAAGUUACAACAUAACUGUAAUUUUGCUACGUGAUUUCAGAUAUUGAGUAUUUCACUUUUAAAAGUUGCAAACAUGUUUAGAGUAUUAUACCAUUUCAGGAGUUUGAUUGUUUUACGAUGUUGAUUAAAGCAUAAUAUUUUCGUGUAUAAAGCCUUAAUAUAUACACAAGUAAAUAGUGAUUUCGAUGAUUUUAAAAUUAGAACUUAAUGUGCAACUAGUAUUAUAUUAAUCAACAAAAAUUGGCGAAUUAUUUUAUUUAGUGUAAUAACCACAGCAGUCAUCUAACUCGUAUUCUGCAAAUAAUACUAUAUUAGUAAUAUGAUAAGCAUUUCCAAAAUUACCUUUUACUGACACUAGAGCAAUUUUUAUGUGAAAGUUUUGUUUUGUGUUUGGCUAGAUUAAUGCAGUAUUUUACAGUUAAAAAUGUCAUUUGCGCACUUGGUAUCCACUUGGAUUUGGACUUAAACUUUGUAAUGCUGUGUGGACAGAAAAUAUUUAUAUGACUUAGUUCUAAAGAAGUAGUUCUUGAGAGUGUUAAGUUUUAUUUACUAUGAAGAAAAGUCUACGUUAAUGUUCAUGUGUAAAGUGGUUGACUGAAGAAAUAUAUUUAUAAAAGUUUAUGAUUAAUCAAAUAAAGCUUUGAUGCUCAAACUCUGUGAUAAAGUCAUAGUAGUAGUAGUGUUUCGAAUGUUCAAACAAUUUUGUUUAGUAUAUUUCUGUAAGUACUUGAUAUCACGUAUUAAAGUUAUUACUUCCUCUUUCC